AUGAACUCAAAAUAGUUAAAAUUUUAAAUAGAAAUUGAAAAUCAAAACAAGGAGAACAAAGAUUACUAAGAGAGACAGGGAUUUCAUAAAUAAAGAAUCAAUCGUAUCCCUCUUACAGACAUUACUGAUGCAUUAUAUCCUUAGAGAAGAUAAGGGAGCUCAUAACUUCUUGAAUGGAAUCAAUUAAAGCUCUCCCCCACUAUUUAAUUGAGAUGA